ACUUCUAUCGGCGCUGUUAUGCAGAAUGAACAGUUUAUUAAUAUUUUGGAUUCCAUUGUUUUUUCUAAGCAAUGCUGUUCAAAUUUCUUCGUAUAUGCAAUUUAACAAGAAUGAUUGCCUAAUUGGAAAGGGCCAAUAUGCAAUAAAUUUGCAGCGAUUGGCAAAAACUAACGGUUUACCUAGAUAUGUAACGACAAAUGGUAAUUGGACCUAUUUUUUCAAUCCGUGCAAUCCGUUCAAUCAACCUGUUCACCCUAAUUGGGCUCUUGGUUCAGUGUGUUUCAAUGCCAUAAUAUGUGCAACGAAAGAGAUAAAUCCGUUAUCAUUUAAAGAUAGAGAUACUAUAGACAUUGGAGAAAAUGAAAAUGAAAAUGACGAUGAAGAAGAAGAAGACGAAGAAGAUGAAGAUGAAGAUGAAGAUGAAGAUGAAGAUGAAGAGGAAGAAGAGGAAGAAGAUGAUGACAAAGAUGAUCUAGAAGAUAGGGAGAGCGAUAAAAAAUCUAACAGUAAAUAUAAAUCUACUAUAGAAAAAAAAGGGGAAGAAAAUGUCGAAGAAGAGAAUGAAUAUCAUAUUAACUAUACAACAAUAGCCGUUAAACAAAUUAACAAAUCAUUGAAUAGUACAGCUACUGGACAAAAAAAAAAUUAUCCUAAAUUCAUGUGGUUAUUGUUAGUUGUCAAUGGUUCGUUGAUAACUGUUGCAGUUUGCAUUGGAGGCCUAUGCUUCUGGAAAGGAGGUACAGCUUAUAGACCGUAUAUGAGUACAUUACCAGGAAUCCAUACAAAUCAUUCAAGUAGACUUACCUUGAACAGUAUGGAUAGCUCGAAGAGUAAAACCUUAUAUAUGCCGUUUAAAAGGAAACCUCCAGCGUUUUUUGAUUAUUCAUCUGAAAAGUUCAAAGAUUCAAAGUUACCGAUUCUAGAUAACGUUCUCAUACACGAAAAAGAGGUGGAUCUCGGUAAGAGACUAGGAGGCGGACUAUUUGGAGAUACUUACAUUGCUGAAUGGAAAGGAAGAAAGUUAGCUGCAAAAAGAAUAAUAAUCUGCAGUUUCAAGGGUAUGAGUGAUAGAGAUAUGAAGAGAAUAAAGGAUAAUAUUACAUUCUUUAGCCGACAAAGACACAAGAACGUUGAAAGCGUCCUUGGUAUAAUGCUAGACUUGAAGCAGCCAUACGUUCUUAAAGAACAUCUGGAAGGGCAGACACUCAAAGACUUAUUACGAAAUACCGAUGUUCAAUUGAGUUUUCAAAGUGUUCUCAAAUUGAUUGUUGACUUUGGUGUUACGAAGCUGUCACAACAGUUUAGGAGAAAUUGUAAAGAAAGUAAAUGCUUCUGUCAAAACGAAACGUCCGCAUUUCCACAAUCUAUUCGGUGGACUGCACCUGAAAUUCUUGAAGAUCCAAAUAUCUUGGACUCAGAUAUAACUGGUUAUGCAGAUGUCUACUCAUUCGGAAUGGUUUUAUUCGAAGUAAUUUCUUUAGAGAAACCUUUCUACGAAAUAAGCAGUGAGGAUGAAGUAUGCGAAUUAGUUCUUGCUGGUCGAAGACCCUCUCUAAACGUCUUUAAAGGAAAUGUUCUACCACCUUAUUUGGAAAUGAUGCAAUGUUGCUGGUCCAAAAAUGUGCAAUCGCGACCUAACUUUAAGCAGAUUCAAGUGAAAUUGAAAUCAAUAAUUCAAGUUGGCAAUAAGCUUGCAAGUGGAAGAUCUCGUCCAAGAACCGAUAGUGCUGCUUCAGUCCUAAUAUCCGCUUUAAAUUUUUCCUCCUGA